UCGCGUCAGUCCGCGGCGAGUUCUCCGUGUGGGAGCUGCGCUCUCUUGGUGUCGUCGUGGGGGUUGUUUGCGAUCGAACGCGCACAGAUCGAUCUCCGGUUUCACAGAGGAGCAGCGAAAGCUUGUAUCGCGUAAACGACGAGUGAAUUGAUCUUCAGUUUUGUGAAAGGAACAGUGAAAAUAAAGAACCGUCAAGACGCAGCGUGUCGAUAGCCACAUUCAGUCCAGAGCAAUGUCCUUGGAGGAAUCGCGGCGUUCGCAGCGUCCGUACAGGUACGGGAUGGUUCUCCUUUGCGUUGGUGCAUUGAUAAACUGGUUAGGCCUCGCGGAGAACUACGUCGAACCGGUACGAUAUGUCGGUGUUGCUUGCAUAAUAGCAGGCGCUCUUCUCAUAUGUGCCGCAAUGUGUUGUUGGCUGCACGCACCGCCAAGUAGGGCAGCCAUGCACACACAACACACAAAUCAUCCAAUCACAGCACAAAUAGAUGAUCCGAUCCAUGUAAUCUCCAUCGAGGAACCAUCUAGUGUAUCCAGACAAAAACCACCAGAUUACGAGGCGGUCACGGAUGCGCCACCUAGCUACGAUGACGCCAUCAAGUUAAAUCCUAGUCACCUAUUUAGGAACAAUAGUAGCACGUUGUCGUUGCCAACUGUGCACACAAUGAUCCCUAGAACAGUGGAGAUCGUUUCUAGGGACCCUACACCAUCACCGCCGCCGCCUUACGCGAGGUGAGAUAUUUGGCAGCAGCAAUAAUGAUCGCAACUAAACGAAAGGCUUGCGGCGUGCUGGAGGUCCAGCGUAUUGCAAUACAAAUUACAGAUUGCCCGAGUACAAAAGAGGGUGCGAAGAACUCCGUCAUUUGUGUGUCAACUGUCACGGUAGCAUUGAUGAUAGGGGUUGCACUCGAAACAAUCAUUUACGACGGAUAAUUAUAUCUCGUCGUAGCACUGGGCCUUGUUUUAGUAGAUUAAAGAUUUGUGUUCAAUGAAUCAAGCAAGUCCUCCAUACAGGGCACCGCAUUUGUCACUGUAUCAACGCAACGAUACACGAUCGAAGGUAGAAUCGAAGAUGGAAGCGUCAAUUGAAUUAAUGAUCACGGUUUGAUCGAUGGAUUCCAAAUGGUGAAAGAGACGAAGAUGGUGAAUCGUCGAACGUUCUCAAGAAACUCGAUGAACGAAAAGAACCGAAGAACUGAAGAAGAAGAGUCAAUGGAGAUGUGAACAUUGUGCCUUCCGCAAAGCGCCUAUUAUUACUGAGAGAACAAGAGAGAGAGAGAGAGAGCGAGAGAGAGAGAGACACAAGCCUAAAUGUUUGCACGAAAUACUCAUGACUCGAUAACUAAUUGCAGAAUUGUUGAAACUUCAAGCGAACUUGAAUCUGUAACUUGGGCACGAUUAUUGAUUUCGUCUGGCUAAUUUAGAGAGUGUCUAAAAUAGCAAAUACGAAUCUUCGAUAAUAACGUUUCUUGCGUCUAUAUUAUCUGAACAUAAUCUGAAUGUAUUCCUUGUGAAGAAUGACGGCGUUCACCGUUGUCGAGUAAUUUAAAAAGAUCCUCAGAGAUGAGAAAGGAUAAAAGAAUGAAAAGUAGGUGUCCUUAAAAAAAAAAGAGCGUAGGAACUGGAAAAGUUUCAAAUUUCAUUGCUUAGACAAUCGUGCGGCUUUUUAGCGGAGAUUAACUGUUUGCUUGCCAUAUGAUUUCGAUGAUUGUCAUUUUACACGAUGUACAUACCACAUGCGAAAAAUCAUUCGCACGUCCAUUUUAUUGUGAUAUAUAAAAUGAUGCAGAAUUAUACGAUAUACGUCACUAUGUCGAAUAUGACGUUGCUUUGUGAAAUAAGACUCUUUUUUUAUAAUGAAAAUACAAAAUAUAAUGAUAAACAAAUUUUAAA